CUCCUCUGUUCAGCCUAUAUAAGGCUCCCAGUCGGCGCUCCGGGUACACGCGCUUCAACUUCGGUUGGUGUGUGUCGAAGAAACCUGACGGCGACCUGGGGAGAACGGCGAAGAGCGUCCACUGAGCCUCGCGAAAGGUCCGCUGAGCGGGCUCGCGUCCGGAGCCACUCCGGGCUGCGGAGCACCCAGCGGAGCCCACGCCUGGCACAGGUGUGGGACCCCGUCCUUCGUGUCUUCGCAGAGGAGUCCUCGCGUGAAACAAAAAGCUUUUGAAAAUAAAAAGAAGAAAGAGUGGAAGAGGAGGCCAGGACUCAGGUCUCCAUCCCCACGGGAGUGAAGCCACACCUGGGAGGUCUCCUCCCACCCCAACUCUCACCCUGGGGCCCGACUGCCCACCUCCUCCUCCUCCUCCUCCCCCCAACGCUCCCUCCUCCGCCUCCUCCUCCUCCUCACGCAGUGGCCAAAGGGGCCAGUACAUCCCCAACCUGGCAGAUCGCAGGCGCGACGAUCUCUCUGAAGAGAUCAACUCCCUCAGAGAGAAGGUCAUGAAGCAGUCCGAGGAGAACAACAACCUGCACAACCAGGUGCAGAAGCUCACAGAGGAGAACACCUCCCUUCGUGAGCAAGUGGAGCCUGCCCCUCAGGAUGAGGAAGAUGACAUCGAACUCCGUGGUGCCGCAGCGGCUGCUGCCCCACCCACUCCCAUAGAGGAAGAGUGCCCAGAUGACCUUCCCGAGAAAUUUGACGGCAACCCAGACGCGCUGGUUCCUUUCAUGGCCCAGUGCCAGCUCUUCAUGGAAAAGAGCACCAGAGAUUUCUCAGUUGAUCGUGUCCGCGUCUGCUUCGUGACAAGCAUGAUGACCGGCCGUGCUGCCCGCUGGGCCUCCGCAAAGCUGGAGCGAUCCCACUACCUGAUGCACAACUACCCAGCCUUCAUGACCGAAAUGAAGCACGUCUUUGAAGACCCUCAGCGGCGAGAGGCUGCCAAGCGCAAGAUCAGACGUCUGCGCCAAGGCAUGGGGUCAGUGAUCGACUAUUCCAACGCUUUCCAGAUGAUUGCCCAGGACCUGGAUUGGAAUGAGCCCGCGCUGAUUGACCAAUACCACGAGGGCCUCAGCGACCACAUUCAGGCAGAGCUCUCCCGCCUCGAAGUUGCCAAGUCGCUGUCCGCCCUGAUCGGCCAGUGCAUCCACAUCGAGAGAAGGCUGGCCCGGGCAGCCGCCGCUCGCAAGCCGCGCUCCCCGCCGCGGGCGCUGGUGUUGUCGCACAUCACACACCACCACCAGGUAGAUCCAACCGAGCCGGUGGGCGGGGCCCGCAUGCGCCUGACCCAGGAAGAAAAAGAAAGACGCCGAAAGCUGAACCUCUGCCUCUACUGUGGAAAUGGAGGUCACUACGCCGACAACUGUCCUGCCAAGGCCGCAAAGGCUUCGCCGGCGGGAAACUCCCCGGCCCCGCUGUAGAGGGACCUUCAGCGACCGGGCCGGAAAUAAUAAGGUCCCCACAAGAUGAUGCUUCAUCUCCACACUUGCAAGUGAUGCUCCAGAUUCAUCUUCCGGGCAGACACACCCUGUUCGUCCGAGCCAUGAUUGAUUCUGGUGCCUCUGGCAACUUCAUUGAUCACGAAUACGUUGCCCAAAAUGGAAUUCCUCUAAGAAUCAAAGACUGGCCGAUACUUGUAGAAGCAAUUGAUGGACGUCCCAUAGCAUCGGGCCCAGUUGUCCACGAAACGCACGACCUGAUAGUCGACUUGGGAGAUCACCGUGAGGUGCUGUCAUUUGAUGUGACUCAGUCUCCGUUCUUCCCCGUCGUCCUAGGGGUGCGCUGGCUGAGCAUACACGAUCCCAACAUCACAUGGAGCACCCGAUCUAUCGUCUUUGAUUCUGAAUACUGCAGGUUCCACUGCCGGAUGUACUCUCCAAUACCACCAUCCCUCCCACCACCAGCACAACCGUCAUUUUAUUACCCAGUAGACGGAUGCAGAGUUUACCCACCCAUGAGGUAUUACUAUGUACAGAAUGUGUACACUCCAGUGGAUGAAAACGUCUACCCAGAUCACCGCCUGGUAGAUCCUACCAUAGAAAUGAUUCCUGGAGCACACAGUAUUCCCAGCGGACAUGUGUACUCACUGUCCGAACCUGAAAUGGCAGCUCUGCGAGAUUUUGUGGCCAGAAAUGUGAAAGAUGGCCUGAUUACUCCAACAGUCGCACCUAAUGGAGCCCAGGUUCUUCAGGUGAAAAGGGGGUGGAAGCUGCAAGUUUCUUACGACUGCAGAGCUCCCAACAGUUUCACUAUCCAGAAUCAGUAUCCCCGCCUGUCUAUUCCAAAUUUGGAAGACCAGGCUCACCUGGCAACGUACACUGAGUACGUUCCACAGAUCCCUGGAUACCAAACGUAUCCCACCUACGGCACGUACCCGACCUACCCAGUAGGAUUCGCCUGGUACCCAGUGGGACGGGACGGCCAGGGGCGGUCGCUGUAUGUUCCUGUGAUGAUCACCUGGAAUCCUCAUUGGUACCGCCAGCCGCCGGUGCCCCAGUAUCCGCCGCCGCAGCCGCCGCCUCCGCCGCCGCCGCCGCCGCCGCCACCAUCCUACAGCGCAAUCUGAAUUCUUCUCCUGUCCUGCAGGAUCUCUGCCCUCAAAAUGUAUUCCUGUUCAGCUUCUCAAUCAGUGACUAUGUGCUAAAUUGGGGUACUGCAUCUUCAGGCCAACCUUCGCUGAAACGGCUAUGGAAGAUCAGGGCCACCCUCGACUGGCACAUAUCUUAAAACAGCAAAACACCUCCACUAUCUUCUGGGAGACAUAAUAUUGACCAACAAAUUAUCCCUCAGUUUUCCACUUUGACUGCCAAUCUAACUGAAAUUCGUAAAAAGUUUACUUCCCAGAGAAUUCUGGAAGGCUGGGUUUUACCUACUGAAACCUCUCACCAUCUAAAUUAUAGGCUGCCAAAUUCCUCAUUUAACAUUUACAGAGAAGCUGACGCAAACAGGAAAUGCUGUUUUCUUUAUGGAGGGGGAGAGCAGGAGGAGGAGAUGACUUUUCUUGCAGUUUCAGUACUCUGUCCACGCUUGGAAGAGGACUGACACCUUUUCAAGGAAGCCAAAAUCAGUGGUGCAGUGUGAAACGGCUUCCGUGAUCUUUUUGCUGCACCCUUAGAAACUUCACCAUCUUCAAACUCCACUUUCAUGGUUCUGUUAAUUCUCAAGGAGCAGCAACUCGACCAGUUCUCCCAGGAGCAAAACCCCUGCCCCAGAAACACCUCAGGCCUGAGAAGGAAGUGCCCUCUCAGAUGGACUCUUGCAUGUUAAGAGUGUGCCUUCAUAUCCUGGUGCAAAUCACAUGUACCCAAGGACUCUGGCUUUGUCACAACACCUUGCCAUCACCAUGCCAGCAAUGGCUUCCACAGAACUUUAAACCUGGUAACCAGAGACUAUUGGUAGCUCCAGGUGUGUUUAGAUGUUUGUGAAAUAUGAUCACCUCUCAAUCAUUUAUGAGGGCUAACGAGUAGCAAAUCAAAAUGACUCCUAAGUCCCGUACCCAACUCUUAGAAAAAGAGGCUCUGAGUUAGUGUUACCAACUCGUCCUGGUUCUUCAGAAAGAAUUUUCACGAGCAUUGUUACUUUGCUGAAAGAGCAUCGCCUGAAGUCUUGGGAGCAUCUAUCCAUGUCUCUGCCUCCAUAUGCAUCAGGGCAUUUCAUCAUCAGUCCCCUCACUGGACUAUAGCAUUAGGAUGCUUAGAGAGGGGGAAUGAUUUUAGCACCCAGACUAACACUCCUAUGCCUGGGAGGGAUGUCUUUGAAGAAGAGGAAUUGGGGCACUGGACACUGUCUUGAGGAUAUGGACUUCUUUAGUGAACUUCAGAUCCAGGAGUGUUACCUGAGGGGUAACCUACUUUAAAAAGAUUGGAGUUCACAAAAUGGAGACUGGUCCCCUCUAGGGGAUGGAGCUGAUAAUGAGCUGACAAUGACUGAAGGGCCUCAGAAAGUGACUCAAAGCAACAGACAACACAAGAGUUGUCUUCGAUCCAGUGACAUCAUCCGGUGUCUCCUGGAUGCUUUGUGCUAACCUGGGACUGCCUGACUUCCUUUAGCCUGGUCCCUUGCUACUACCUUGAACUGUUUGUCUAACCUCUCUCUUUCUGUUUGAUUCUUUACUACUGCCAUUAAUCCUGCUGCAGGAUUUGUCAUCCUUCCUGCCUGGUUGCUGAGACUCCAUUUUGCUGCCACGCACGGAGAAGAAAGGCAGGCUUCAUGGAGAAUGUGUUUCGACACAGCCUCCGAUCGCCAGAAUACAGUCUGAGCAGUAGAAAACAUCAUGGUGUAUAUUUGAGAUUGCCUAUCGUGAAGAGAAGCCUAACGGUGAAGUUUUAUUUUUCAUCAUUAUCUUUCACAUAUUCAUUAUCACCCACCCUUUUUCUUGCAUGUUUAAAUACUUAAAAGUUUUAGCCGUAGGUUAGUAGUGUCCUUUAACAGUGUUUUAAAGUGGUGACUGCUUUCAGAAAUUAUUUCCAUUGAAUUACAAAGUACUAUCCAAUUCUUACUGUUAGUGUUAAACUAAUUGUGAAGUAACGUAGUGUAAAAUAUUUCUUGACUGUGAACUUCCCUUACGACACUGUGAACGAGAGGCUCCUCAGAACUGGAGUAUUUGUAUCAUAGUUCAUCCUGUUCAUCUUCAAUCUUCUAUUUUAAUGUCAUAUAUAAUUUCAUUUUAUUGAUUGGCCUUUAACAAUCACACAAAAAGAUAUACAAAUUCAAAGAAGAUACGUAAUUGGCUAUUUAAUACAAAACAAGUUUUCCUUUUUUUUUUUUUUUUUGGUGGAAUCAGAAAGCUUGUCAGUCACUCGUGUUUUAGAGUAAUUGCUUUUGAAAUGGUGCAUUUGUGCUUCUGGACUAUUUUGAAGCAUCACUUCAGUUUACCUCAUAACAAUCCAUCCUCCAUACAUUUGAAUUCAAGUUGUUUUGUGUCAAAUUUAUAGUUGUCAAUUGAUCUUCAAGCUGCAGAGGGCUUAGAAUGGGCCAUUGUCUGCAGCCCCAGCAUGUGCACACUGACGUUUGCCAUCACUGCAAGCAGAAGGCUGGAGAUGUUGGCCAACAACAACAGCGCUCAUGGAGAGCACAGCGGUGUGGGUUAACAAUUCGUGGAUGAAGUCCCUGACGCUCGUUUGGCUGUUUAGUAAAGCUUGUGAACAACUUGUUGGCAGUGUGUACUAUGCUCUCUUGCUAUAUAUACUAUCUAUAAAUGUAGGUGUUAAGGAUAAGUAAUCUGAAAUUUAUUCUCUAGUAUCAGAAUUUUAUUAAGUUUCCUUUCAUUCAUCUGACUUAUUUUGUUGCUGUUGAUCAAACUUAUGUUAAUUGAAUACUUUAAAUUGUUUUUUGCAUUUUCCAACAAAAAUGCCUUUAUUCGUAAGAAAGAGAAAAGCAAAGGAAUUAAAUUUGUAUCUGAAGAAGUUAGAAAGGGAGCAAAAUAAAGGGUAUAAAUAAAAAACAGAAUUGUUAAGCAAAGCCAAUAGUGAAGCCUUUGAAACAAAUUGGUAAAAUUGACUUUUGGCCCAAAUUUGCAGUGUUAAUUAAAAAAUCAAGGAAGAUAUGAGCUCCCAUUGUUAGGGAAACUUAGAACUAGCUAAGGUCAUCGUGCUAGGAUAUGAAAGGGAGGAAGUUUACAUACAUUUCUGAAGGGUCAGUUUAGUUUGAGCAAUGAGGUAUUUGUAUGAGAUAUUGGCAAGUGGAGAAUUAGUUUGAUUAAAUCAUGUGAGCUAGCACAGUUAACUUGCAGGUGCACAAAACAAGAGGGGCACAUCUAUAGAGUGCAGUCUGGAUUUCUCUUUAAGUUUGCAGGUACCUCUUGGACUCCUGAAUUGAUCCAGUUGUCAUCCACCGCAGACAUCUAACAUCAGAUAGAAUUCGAAGAUUGCGACAGAGAACACUCUACUGGAAAGACCUGGGUAGAAAUGAAAGCAGCCUGUAGAGGUGAAGAGCCAGAUGGGAACCACACUACAUUUUCAUUUAAAGAAAGAAUGCACAUCUGGUGGGACUGGAAGUUCUUUGUUGUUUCAGAUUGUAGAAUGCUAUCAAAUUGGUCUGUGGAAAUUUGCAUUGUUUUAUUUCUUUGUGUAAUCAGUUUAAGUAAUAGGGGAUAUAUAAUCAUAAGUAUUUUAGGGUGGGAGGGACUAUUAAGUAAUCUUAAGUGGGUGGGAUUAGUUUAAAAGUUAGCAUGAUAUUAUGUAUUAGAUAUCUCUAUAAGUGGACAUGUGUACUUACUUGUGAUCCUUUCCCCUGUGAUUGCUACCUGUAAUGACUUCAAAUAAACUUGGAGGGAACUGCAGGGGGAUCAACCUAUUUAGGGCGAAUUGGACAUGAAUAAAACCUAGUGGGAGAAAGUUCAAAGGUGAUUGGAUACAUAAUUUA